AUGUCUGAAGCUCAGGCGGAGAGACAGCCCCUACUACAUGCCAACGACGCAGAAGCGACGGAGGUGUACCCGGUCAUUCAAAUGAUCAGAGCGCACUACAUUGGUAUGGGCUACACUCCAUUUUGCGCAUCGCUAACGGCUCCGGAUCUCACAUACACCCUCGUCCGUCCACUCGAAGAGAAAUACAAUGCACUCCAACGCCGCGGGAACAUGUCCAUUGUCUUCUGUUUACUCCUGAACCGGGUAUACUUCAAACGUGACGACCACCUGACGACCGCUGCGCUCUCUCGGACGCGUGCGAUGCUUUGCGAGAUCCUCGCAAUCCGUACGCUUCGCCAGCACGCGCAUAACAUGCUUGAGCUCGCGCUUGCCAUUACUACGAGUUGGCCCGUUUACUCUGGCGCGCCUGAGGAACUCUUGCAGCGCGCAAGGGAGGAACGCGAUGAUGACCUAGAGGAUAGGGUAGGCAAUGCCAUUGAGUUGGCUAUCCUUGGACAAGCAAAGCGCUUCACCAACAGCUCAGCGUGUCAGAAGGUCAUUGACGGUAUUUGGUGGCACCUCUUCUUGACCACUACCGUUCUUGUUUCGAUUCUCUCUAACACAUUUGCGACCAUUAACGAUGAUGCCACCGCUGAAGCUAUGUUCCGUCGCGCUGUUUUAACUAUCGAAGGCGUGAAGGCAGAUCCACUGUUCUCCUACCAACCCCCGAUCAAUCUCGUCGCAUUGUGUAUCAUGCUUCCCGCAAGCUAUAUACUUAGCCCCAGAUGGUUUCACAAGGUCUCAUCUGUAUUUUGCAGAUUAACCAGCUUCCCCACCCUCUUGUUGAUCGCAUGGUACGAGAGACAAGCAAAACGAUCCGGCGCAUUCACAUUCUCCGAGACCAUCUCCGCAGCCGCCGACAAGAUCUUCGACACAUUGCCCCGGUCCUUGAAGCGCUUGACAUUCUUCGAGGGCCUCAGUGGUCCAGAUGCUGACAUCGACGCAAUAUUUGAAUUAGAAGACGCGUACGACGAGAGUGCACUAGAUGAAGAGGAUAGCGAGCAGACUGUCCCCAUGGAGAAUUCCCGUCAACGCCGACUCUCGCAGAUGUCUCGGCGUCAAACAUCUCAAGCGAGUGGCCCGACUACCCCUCCUCGUUCAUCCGUCAAAGCCGAGCAGCUUUCUAGUUCCUCGUCCGUUCCACUUCCACGGACUCGCGUCAAUUCGACCUUCAUGCGGGGGCUUGAGUUGGCGCAUAAUGUCAGCAGUCCGUUGGCACAAGUUUUUCAGCCUCUCGUUGUGGGCGAUGACCACCAAGACGAGCAAUCCUCAGACCACAACAACGCACUUGUCAGCUAUGGUCCCGCUACACGCCGCAGGCUCUCUUCGAUGGUACGACGGCCCACGGCCCCGCCGGCAGACCCGUUCGGCGGACCGUCGCAGCCUCAACCAAUAGGAGCAAGGCGAAUCCCAACUGGCGUCAGCCCGAGCAAACGUUCUGGCGUUCUGAAUGCAUCAUUGUUGUCAGAAAGCCCAGACGCGAAAUCAGGCAGCGAGCAUAUGGCGACUAUGGAAGAGACCGAAGAAAGCAUUGGGAUGUCGGCAUUGGCAAGACGAUUGGACGGUAUUGAACAGCAGCAAAAAAGGAUCGAGGACCUCCUCUUGCGUUUGGCAAAUAGGGGUUAG